CGUUAUUAUAACUCCGUGUAAGAUUAUAAGAGAUAUUUUCGUUUUAAUUUGAAUGUACCUUCUUAACCAAGAAAUCUGUCCAUAUCAAAUGCCCUCUCAUAUUUUCACCGUCUUCCACAUCAAGCUUUCUAUAUAUCAACACUGUUCCAAUAAAAAACAAGGUAAGUAACCAUAAAGAUGUUUUUCCAAAUCGCCUCAUUAUCCGUUCCAUAAUACUACUACUCUAUUUCUUCACCACACAAUAUUUUUAAAGUUCACACGUACGAUGCGAUACGAUGGACGAAAACAGUGCAAGUGAAGUGACACUUCGUAAUCAACCCGGUAAAAUGUUACCACCUUUCAGUAAUAAAUUUCCUAAUUUAUGGUGCACAGUUUCAAUAUUUCGAAAAUUCCCUCGCUCUUCUUCCUUUUUCGUAAAUCACGCCAUUCACAUCAAUUUUCUUUCUUGUAAAAGAAAAUAAAAAAAGAAAAUGUUGGCGAUGGAGAAAGAGUACAGGUAAUUUAGUGCAAAGUUGACAUUUCAGCGUACGGCAUCUGUUACGUGAGGGCGUAAAGGCAGAACAGCUGUUCCUUGCUGCGUUAGGGUUGAAUAAGCGUGACGGAGCGUGACGCAGGGUCACAAGUCCUUUGCCGAAGUGUACGUCGUGUACGUGUAAUGAACUAAAUACGCGCUUCUCAUAUAACCAAACGUCAAUGAAUUUUUAACGUUAACCUUGUACGCCUUAUCAUUUGUGUUUUUUCUCACGGGAAAGCGGUUUUGAAACACUAGCUAAAGUGUAACAAAGUAUUGGCUCUCUUGAGAACACAUUAUAUCAGUGUCCUCAAUCAUGUGUUAUGAUUUGUUACAAUGGAAAAUGAAUUAGAGAAUACAUCAUUAUCGCAGGCGGAGAAAAAAGAGAUUGAGCGUUCUACUCCGGUGCCUAGGAAUGAUAAGCCAGUUCUUCAUGGAGAUGUUAAAACUCCAAGCUCGAGUAUUUGUGAAACUGAAUCAAGCAAAUACAGUGUUGGCUCUAACCAGGGUGACACCAAUGUGACUCCAAAUGCACGAACAGCUCCCACACUUGAAGGUUCACUGCCAAUUGCUAUGCAGAAAAAAAUUCAGGAAAUUGAAAAUGCACUUUCCGAAGAACCAAUAAAUAAAGAGGCAUUAAAAGAAUUGGCUAAAUCGGAGGGUGGCCUCAUUAGUGAUGCCCUUCGAAAGAGAGUUUGGCCUCUGAUUUUGGAUAUUGAUACAAGACUAGCAACAUGUGCUCCCAGCCAAGAAGAACUAGAGGCACACGAAGAGUACAAGCAAGUUGUCAUGGAUGUGAAUAGAUCUCUCAAACGGUUCCCACCAAGUCAGUUCCAUUACAUUCCCAGUGAUCAAAUAACGUUGUUACAAGAUCAGUUAACAAGACUUAUCAUGCGUGUAAUAAUUAAACAUCCUCAGUUACGCUAUUAUCAGGGUUAUCAUGAUGUUGCAGUUACUUUCUUAUUAGUUGUUGGCGAAGAUGUUGCAUUUCAGAUCAUGGAAAAACUUUCAACUGGUCAUUUUAAAGAUUACAUGGAACCUACUAUGGAUGAAACCUCAUAUUUGCUCAAUUUUGUUUAUCCUCUCAUUCAAAGAAUGAAUCCAGCUCUUUUUGAAUACAUGGAGAGGGCAGAGGUUGGAACUAUAUUCUGCCUAGAAUGGCCUCUUACGUGGUAUGGCCACAGUCUCAAACAGUAUAGAGAUAUUGUACGCCUCUAUGAUUACUUUCUAGUAUCUCCACCUCUAUUACCUUUGUAUUUGGCUGCUGCAAUGGUUGUGCAUCGUCAAGAUGAAAUAUUUGCGGAAGAAUGUGAUAUGGCAUGCAUUCAUAAUUUGCUGUCAAAGAUUCCUGAUGGACUUCCGUUUGAAUCCCUGUUAAAACAAGCAAAUUCAAUUUAUGAGAAAUAUCCACCAUUAAGUAUAGAAGCUGAAGUCAAGGAAAGAUUUGAAGAAGAAUUGCGUAGGAGACGAGGUAUUCAAACCCGACCUCGUGCUCCUGUACCUCUCCAUCCUCGCUGGCGAUGGCAGCAACCAUGGAACCGCUUCGUACCACAUUGGAUUGCAGUACCUGUGAUGGGUGCUGGUCCUCGUGUGCGAGUUAGAGUGAUUCUUCUCACUGCCACAAUGGUUGGACUGUAUGCAUGGUUACGAAUGGCAGAAGCUGUGCCUGUUAAUGGAUCUUUGUCAGUGAGAUAGCACCAACUGGGGGUGCAAUAAAUGUGUUAUGGCCUUUAUAUUCAAUUGAUACACAUCAAAGCCUAGGAAAGUUUGUUUGCCUUAAAGAGAGUGUCCACAUUAAAGAAACACCUACAAGGAUCAAGUCAAGUAAGAGCAUUGCUUUUAAAUACAGUGGUAGGGAGAAGUCUCAUGAUUGCAAUACACAAAAAGUGUGUUGUGCUCUUCACAGAAAUAGAAAACUAUGUAUACAUUUGUACUUAUUAAAGAAAAAAGUAAGGUUUAAAAGCGAUACUGUUUGAUUGCCUCUUAUCUAAUAAUGCUUGACUUGAACCUUCUUAAUAGUUUGCUGCAACUGAUAAGCUGUUCAACUCUUGCCAUAUCAAAGGAAAGCUUCCCUAUUACGUGAAAAUGCCUCGCAUUUUCCAUUACUACAUGUGAUAUAGUGCAAGUUUUUGUAUAAUGUUUUACUGAAUUCCUUGUAACAUUCUUUUGCAUAGAAUCAAUAUAGACAGUUCAUAUUUGGCAGGAACAUUAAGGUUCCUCUAAAUCUUGUGCAAUAAGUUUAAGUUGAAGAUUUGUUGCAUUUUACCUCAGAAAUAUGAUUUUGAGGCUAAUUUUUAUAAUUUUGCAUCCUUUGGAUUCUGUCCCCUUAAAAAUUUCAAUGGCAUUGAAAAAAAAUGAAAGAUCAGGUACAAAUAUUUUAUAUGACUGUUGAGCUCAGCUAAUUUUGUAGUAGAUUUUAGGCAUAUCUGCCAUCAGUCCUGUCUUGUGUUGAAGGGAGUAUUGUAAUUUUAAAUCAAUAUGCUAAUGAUUUUCAUACAGAUUAUGUUUGUGAGAAUAGAAGGAAGGAAUGUAUGAAUGUACUGUUGUUAUCAUGUUGUAUCAUAAACAAGAAAAUAUAUUUAUGUACAGUUGUUUAAUUUAUAAUGUUCUAAAUGUGAGCCCUGCAAAGACAUGUAAACUUAUUUCACUAGUC